ACUUCGGAUGUUCAUUACUAACCAACUAACGACCCUUAAAAAUUAAAAAUAAAAAGAGUUUAAUUUAUCAAUCAAAUAAAUAUCAACUCCACCAGAGAAUAAAGCGAUGGAUUUCGAGUGGCUGUCUGAGUUUCUGAGGGGCAUGAUAAAGCCUGUAGCUGCUCUUUCCGCUGUGCUCAUGGCUGUCCUCCUUUCCUUCAUGCAAAAGUUGGGUUUGGAGGCUGAGAUGUCGUAUUCUAUUUUUAGGGCCUUUCUUCAGCUGUCUGUUAUUGGCUUCGUUUUGCAUUUCAUUUUCAAUCAGGACCGUAGUUUUUGGAUCAUUCUUGCUUACCUCUUCAUGGUCUCAGUUGCUGGUUAUACAGCUGGUCAAAGAGCAAAGCAUGUUCCUAGAGGAAAGUAUGUGGCUGGCGCUUCUAUCCUGGCUGGAACUUCACUGACCAUGUUCCUGCUUGUUAUUCUGAACGUUUUUCCCUUCACACCAAGGUACAUCAUCCCAGUUGCCGGAAUGAUGGUUGGCAAUGCAAUGACAGUCACUGGAGUUACAAUGAAACGACUUCGCGAUGAUAUCAAAGUGCAAAUGAGCCUGGUAGAGACAGCAUUAGCCCUUGGUGCGACUCCAAGGCAAGCCACACUUCAACAAGUGAAAAGGGCUCUGGUAAUUGCACUUUCUCCAGUGCUAGACAAUGCUAAGACAGUGGGUUUGAUAUCCCUACCUGGAGCAAUGACUGGUCUUAUAAUGGGGGGAGCUUCUCCGCUGGAGGCCAUUCAGCUGCAAAUAGUGGUAAUGAACAUGCUUAUUGGUGCAUCAACUGUUAGCAGCAUCAUGUCAACUUACCUUUGUUGGCCUGCCUUCUUCACCCCUGCUUAUCAGUUAGAAACUAAGGUCUUUAGCUCCGACUGAGCUACGGUGUAAUUUGGUUUUAUAAACUACCAUUGCUGUAACCCCUGAGAUAUAAUCUUGAAAUGGGUGGGGAGCAUAUUGUCGGAAUCUAGCUGGUCAAUUUUCUUGUGA